AUGGCAAUGCGAUUAACCUCCCUUUCUGGGAAGGAGGAACAGCUUCCUGAGUUGAGGAUUGUGCUGAUGGGAUGUGUCGGAGCUGGGAAGAGUUCAACUGGAAACACCAUUCUAGGCAAGAAGGCGUUUGAUUUGAAGAGUGCCACCAAAUGUGUGAAGAGACAGGGAGUUGUGGCAGAGAGGAGGGUCACUGUAGUUGACACCCCAGGCAGAUGGUCACAACUUCCUCUGAUCGAUACAACAAACAUAGACAAGCAGGAGAUCAUGUGCAGUGUCCUUCACUGUGAACCAGGACCACAUGCUGUCCUCCUGGUCAUUCGUGCAGAUAAAUCAUUCAAUAAAACGCUUCGAAUUGCUGUCAUGGAACACAUGGAACUGCUUGGUAAAGAAGUCUGGACGCACACAAUCUUAGUGUUCUCCCAUGGAGACUCUCUGAUAGACACAAACAUCAUUUGGUUCAUUGAGAGAGGAGGAGAGGAUCUCGAAUGGCUUGUUGAGAAAUGUGGGGACAGGUUUCAUGUUCUUAACAAUGAGAGCAGAGAUAAUCAGGCUCAGGUCACAGAGCUGCUGGAGAGGAUAGAGAAACUGGUGGAAGAAAACAACAGCAGUCAUUAUGGCAUAGAUAAAAACAUACUCAGGAUGAAAGAGUGGAGAGCAACAGAAGAGGUGAAAGCAAAAGAGAGGAUGAAGAUUGUGCAGAAACAGAGACAGACCCUCAGAUCAAAAAUAGCAGACACAGGACAUUUUCCUGAGAUGAGAAUCCUCCUGAUGGGUUACCAGUACUCUGGGAAGAGCUCUACAGGAAACACAAUCCUGGGCCAAGACACAUUUCCCUUAAAGAGAACUACUCAGUGUCUGAAACAUGAGGGAAAUGUUCAAGGGAGGCUUGUCACUGUAGUGGACACUCCAGGCCGUUGGAGACUUCAUCCUAUUCAAUUCACUCCUGAACUGUUUAAGCAGGAGAUUGUGCUCAGUGCUUCUUUUUGUCCUCCAGGACCACAUGCUAUACUCCUGCUCAUACGCUUGGACACUUCAUUCACUCAUAAAAACAGAGAACCAUUAGAGCAACACCUUGGGCUUCUUGGUGAACAUGUCUGGAGUCGCACCAUAGCAGUAUUUACAUGUGGAGACUGGCUGGGUGACACUAGUAUUGAGCAGUUCAUUGAGAGUGAAGGAGAGGCUCUCCAGUGGGUUAUUGAGAAAUGUGGGAACAGGUAUCAUGUUCUCAACAAUAAGAACAAAGAUGAUGACGCUCAGGUCACAGAACUGCUGGAGAAGAUAGAGGAGAUGGUGGCAGGAAACAAUGGUCGUCAUUAUGAGAUAGAGAGAAAUAUUUUGCAAAAGAAACAGAAUCAGCAUAAGAGUUAUUCACACCAUCUGUCAAAGCUGAGGAUUGUAUUACUGGGUUACAGAAGAGCUGGAAAGAGCUGCACAGGGAACACAGUUCUAGGCAGUGAGAUGUUUGACACAUCAAAUAUUGCUCAGUGUGUGGCUGAACAGAGAGAAGUAGCAGGGAGGCAGGUCACUGUGGUGGACACACCAGGCUGGGAUUGGGGACAGUAUGUGGAAGACAACACUGAACUGGACUGGAACAUUGUCAACAGCAAGAAGUUUUGUUCUCCAGGACCACAUGGUCUUCUCCUCGUUAUCCGUCUUUCCUUCUCAUUUAAAGAAGCAAACAGGAGAGCAGCUCAGAAAUAUCUGGAACUUCUUGGUAAAUAUGUUUGGAGUCACACAAUAGUGGUGUUCACCCAUGGAGACUGGCUUGGAGACACAAGUGUUGAGCAGUUCAUUGAGAGUGAAGGAGAGGCUCUCCAGUGGGUUAUUGAGAAAUGUGGGAACAGGUAUCAUGUUCUGAACAAUAAGAACAAAGAUGAUGACUCUCAGGUCACUGAGCUGCUGGACAAGAUUGAGCAGAUGGUGGCAAGUAAUGGUGGUCGUCAUUAUGAGAUGGACAAAGAUAUUUUCAAGAAGGUGGAAAGAAGAAUGAUCUUGAAGAGCUAUCCACAGAAAUCCAUGAAGAAGACUACAAGUUUUAAUUUUGAUCAUCCAUUCACCUCGUCUGGUUUGGAGUGUACUUCUCCUGUCAGCUCCGUGGUGACAGCAUUGCUGAGGGAGGGGACCAAUAACAGGGACAGCAAGGUGAGCUCCUCCCACAUCGAGAUUGAGCUGCAGAUGAAGGAGUCUGAAAUCCUACCAGAGGAGAAAGAAAACUAG